UGGCUCAUACUUCCGUAUAAACAACCGGAAGUAUGAGCCACUGUUGUCCAGCGACGUAGUAGGAUUCAAACGAGCUUCUCUCUGUUGUUAAACGGACACUAUGGUUCAGUGUUUGUCUGAUCUGCUUUUCCUGUUAAUGGUCAACGUCGCUGCGCUGGAGGCUGCGCCGACCGGAAGCAGUGACCUGCCCGGCACAGGCCGGUUCUGGCACAUCACCGACCUCCACCUGGACCCCUCCUACCACCUGACUGCAGAUCCCACCAAGGUCUGCGUCUCAUCCAAAGGAGCCCCGGUCUCCCGGGCCGGCCCGUUCGGUGCCUUCCUGUGUGACUCUCCCUACAGCCUCAUCCAGUCGGCCUUCGCUCACAUGGCAACACUCACACAGGGCCGGGACUUCAUCGUAUGGACCGGUGACAGUCCACCUCACGUCCACGUUGAAGACCUGUCCACAGAGACGGUGAUCCAGGUGAUCAGGAACAUGACCCGCACCAUCAGACACUUCUUCCCCGACCUGACGGUCUACCCCGCCCUGGGCAACCACGACUACUGGCCACAGGACCAGAUGCCAACGGUCACUAAUGCCAUCUACAGAGCAGCCGCUGAGCUGUGGGCCCCCUGGCUGCAGAAAGAGGCACUGCUCACUCUCUCACAAGGUGGGUUCUACUCCCAGCUGGUGCAGCCCGGUCUGCGUGUGGUCAGUCUGAACACCAUCCUUUACUACGGACCCAACAAAGUCUGCAGCAACCAGACGGACCCUGCUGGUCAGUUUGACUGGCUGGAGAGGACGCUGGACACGGCUGCCGACAGUCUGGAGAAGGUCUACGUCAUCGCUCACGUCCCCGUGGGCUACCUGCCCUUCACGAAGAACGUCACCGCCGUCAGACAGACGCACAACGAGAGGCUGGUGUCCAUCUUCAGGAAGUACAGUGACGUCAUCGCAGGUCAUUUCUACGGCCACACCCACCGCGACAGCAUCAUGGUGCUGUUGGACCAGAAAGGGAAACCUCUGAAUUCUCUCUUCGUGUCUCCGGCCGUUACGCCAAUCAAGAACGCUGUGGAGCCGUACUCCAACAACCCGGGUUUUCGCAUGUACCAGUACCACUUCAAGGACUUCUCCGUGUUGGAUAUCUGGCAGUACUAUUUGAAUCUGACGGAAGCCAACGAGAAACAAAGGUCGGACUGGAGACUUGAAUAUGUCAUGAGUGAAGCCUUUGGACUGAGUGACCUGCAGCCUCACAGUCUGCUCCAGCUGGGCCUGAGCUUCAGGCUGCCGCACACACGGACCUUUGAGCGGUACUUCAGGCACUUCAUGGUCCAGUACGACGGCAGCGCCACCUGUGAGGGCGACUGUAAGCUGAACCAGGUGUGUGCCGUGCUCUUCCUGGACCAGGUGUCCUACACUGACUGCAUCACCAAGAGGAGGCGCUGGAGCUGAGGGUGGAGCCGAGCGAACAAAAGAAAGAAGAAGAAACAAAAGAAGAUGACGGCGCCGUGACAGAGUAUUGUAUUUUACUGUGCAGUUUUCUACUGAAUAAAGAUGUUUUUGAUUGAUUACUGAAA